GUGACUGCCCGGAGAAGUCAAUCCCAGCGGGUCAGUGGAGGACUUUUACUGCGGCGAUCGGCUUUCCGCAGACGGAAGUGCCACAGGUCACGCUGAAGUCACGUGAAGAGGUGUUGAUGCUGGACGCUGAGCAGGUUUAAACCGAACGGGUCUGUAAAGGUUCUGGUCUGAGCUGUGAUUAACAUGGAUGAGGACGGGUUGCCGAUUGUGGGCUCGGGGGUGGAUCUGACCAAGGUUCCUGCCAUCCAGCAAAGAAGAGUCGUCGCUUUCCUAAACCAGUUCAUUGUCCACACGGUUCGGUUCCUCAACCGCUUUUCCACUGUUUGUGAGGAGAAACUUGCUACUGUAUCAUUACGGAUCCAGCAGAUUGAGACGACUCUCAGCAUAUUGGAAGCAAAGCUGUCCUCAAUCCCAGGCCUGGAGGAUGUGACGGUGGAUGGAGUGAGUCAGAGGCCUUCUGCUCAGACUAAUGGGCCAGCAGUGGGAUCCAGUGGUACUGCAGCUCCAACUGGUCCUUCUCCCUCUUCUGAGGAUCCUAGACAAGGGCAGGAGAACCCUCAGGAGCACAAAGGAGAGGCAGUGGCAGAAAAUGUGAUGACUGUAGCCAAAGAUCCACGAUAUGCCAGAUAUCUCAAAAUGGUGCAAGUGGGUGUUCCAGUCAUGGCGAUAAAAAACAAGAUGAUCCUUGAGGGUUUGGACCCCAGUCUUUUAGAUUCGCCAGAUGCCGCAGUUCCAGACGGUGGCAAGAAGGUGAUGGAAGACCAAGAUGAUGACAGUUCAGGCAGCGAAUCAUCUUUCAGCGACUGAUCGGUUCUGGUGCUGCAGCAAGUCAUGAACUUUACACUGUGAUUAACCCUGUUCAGCUCUACACAGUGCAGUACAUGCUAUGCUGUGGAUGGACAAGGAAAUGUCAGUUGGACUAAGUAUGUGCCACUAAUAGCCUAUGAGUGGCUCGUAUGUGCCUUAGAUGUGGCUGAGGCAGAUCUGCAGAAGGAGGAGUUACAAAAUGGUCAGCAUUUGAGUAGGUAGCACCCUUUGGAAUGACAACUGGAUUAAUUGCCUAAUGGUUCAAAUGCUUUUCUAAUUAAUGUAUGCAUUUUACUUACAGUUGUAUACUUCAUCUCAUGUAAACGAAAAUGUAGAUUAAUGAUUUGGGGUUUAGCUGAAGGAUCAGGGUGACCAGCAGAAAUGUAUGGUAGUAUUCAGAAGUUUAAGUCCGAUGUGUUCGUGUUAAAUACGAAGUCGGUAUAAACACUUUUCGUUGAUGUUGAUGAGCUGCUUUUGGUGGUUUUCAGAUACAGUGCUAGGCAACAUCAGAGUCCAACCUUCCUGUCAAAACGGCCAUUAAGUAGUUGUUUUUUCAGCGUAAGAACAAAAGCACAAAACAUAUAUUUAACAGAAAAUGAAAAAGAAAAGCUGAAUAAACACUGAGUAUAUCAGAUCUAUCAGUAUUUCAUUUGUCCACUUUUUUUUUCUAGGGUUAAUCUAAUGCAACUUUAACUCUCUCAUCCUUUGAUCUUACAACCAACCGGUUUUAGCUCUGUCCUCCUAAUAAAAGGUUCCCAAAGGAAUCACUGGCAUUAUGUUCUAUAUGAUUUAAAGAUGUAGAAAAAGUGGGAAUUCUAACAACUCUGCAAGAGCUGGACGACCACCAAACCUGUCACCAUGGAUAAAGCUCCACUUUUGCUCCAUGGUGUUUCUGUCCGUCAUUACUCUGAAGUCCACACAACACUAUGUCUGAAAGGAUGUGUAGCUGUUAAAAAGUCUUGUUAAAAAUUUGCCCUGGAACCAUGUGGAGUAGAGUUUUAUGGACUGUUGGGAUAAAUUUUAAUUGAGAUUACCAACUUCUAAGACUGAACUUUGGAGUUGUGGAAAAUAUUCCUUCAGAUUUCCUUUAAAAAAAAAAAACAAUCUAAAAGUAACUCUUCCCAAAAGAAUGAAAGCUGUAGUAAAGACAAGGAGUGCACACCAGGGCUGGGCAGUAUGGCAGUAUUUAACAUUAUUGUGAUAAUGUCACAAUUUGCUUUUCUAGGCAUAUCACAGCCAUCAUCUGUCCUUAAAAAUACUUUCCAACUGUCUUAUUAGGGCACAGUAUGUUAAAAUAUACAAAUACAUGUUGUGACAUAUCAUGCAUUGUGAAAACAUCUUGAAAUAUCAUGAUAUUAGAGUUUUUGACACAUCACCCAGCUCUUUAGUGGCCACACUAAAUACUGAAAAUGUUGAUAUUGUAUUUACUUGUUGAGGCUUCUGUGUAAUUUUCCAUUAAAUAUGUGUUCUUUGUGUUAUUCCAGAUGAUAAAAGUGGAUUAAUUUGUAUUUAAAGGCCAUUUUGACUGGAAAUUAAGUACAUUGACUUCUACACAGUUGGUUUACUUGUACAGCACUAGUAAGUCUACAAACCCCAAAUUCCAAAAAAGUUGGGGCAUUUUGUAAAAUGCAAUAAAAACAAGAAUCUGUCAUUUGA